CAUUUCGCAGUUUCGCACCUGCGCAGUGCGCAACAAAAAAUUAAAAAAAUCAAUCAACCGAAGCGGCGAACGACGGCCCUGCUUCGCGCUAAAUGCAUGAUUCUUUUGAAGUUUGAAAAUGCCAAACACUUAGAUACGUUUAAAAUAGGGCGUUGAGUGUCGUACUCCUUUUAGAAAUUAGAGUAUUGUAGGAAGUCCCAAAAGAACAAAGCCUUGUCUCGCGUUGUUUUAUUCUUGUUGUGUCAAUGGUCACCAAAUUUCGUAUUGUAUUGUGUUAAAAACUUAUUAAUAUAGAUAUUCUUUCGUGUUAGUUUAAAUAUACACCGGUGAGUUUUGUUUAAACUUAUAAAAUACCCAACUAAUGUGCUUGACCAGGUAAAACAGCUAAAAUGAGUACAAUAGAUAUUAAUAAAAUUGAAAACGAGGAUGAAAAAACGUUGGAUAAAAAGCAAAUAGAGGCUGAGGAAAAAGAAGUCAUGCUAAAAACUGAAGCGGAUAACGAGGAUGACGUAGAAUUGAGGCGUGACGGAGGGUUGGUCAAGACAGCAUUGUCGGGGGACAUCACGGAACAAGGACGCGAAGUCAAACCCAAGUUUAUACCUAUUGGCGCAAUUAAAAUGCCAGGAUUUUUCACGAGAAACUCAGACAGGGAAAAGUCCAAGGAAGAAGAAGCAAUUGAAAAGGACACAGAGACAGAAAAAUGUCAAGAUCAAAGGGAUGAAGAUAGUCAUCCAAAGAAUCACUUUAAAUUUUUACAAAGUUGCCCUUUUACAAGCUUUUUACAAAAAUCUCAUAAUGAUAGUGAAGGAAAUGCAGAAAAAAGCCGAAGUUUUGCCAUUUUCAACGGCUUGAAAUAUCCAAAAAUGUUUAACAAGCAAACUCGUAAAAAUGCUGAGGCUACAUUAGCAUCUAUGGAGACACUGGAAGAUAAACUUGAUACCACAAAUGAUGGAAUGGAGAAUAUCAAAUUAGAUGUGGCUGAACCUGAGGAUGGAAAAGUCGCUACAAAACUACCAUUGAAAGAGAGGAUUCGUCAAAAAAAAUUCAUUAUCGAUGAUAUAGUGGUAUGCGUGGUAGUGUUUCUGGUAAUCCUAGCAGUGAUAAUUGGGGUUUCAAUCGGCGCUCAAGCGGGGCCACCCUCCGAACGUCCGCUCAGACUUGGCAAAUUUAUCACUACUCAAACUACUUGUGGCCUAGUGGAGGGCCUGUUGGACGAAGGCGUCUAUAAGUUUUACGGCAUUCCUUACGCUUCGCCACCGAUCGACGAGAGAAGAUUCACGUACGCGCAACCUCUCAACAACCUUUCCCUGUGUUGGAACGACACCCUGAGCGCUCUCGAGCCCACUCCCAAGUGUCUGCAGUUCCUCGAAAACGGGACGAUCAUCGGGGAGGAGGACUGCCUGACCCUGGACGUCGUGACGCCCCACGUGAGGUACGAUUCGCCUCUGCCCGUCGUGGUUCUGAUCGGCGCGAACACUCUCGCCGGCGGCGUCAGCCCCGCCCAGCCCUCCGCCCUCUACGCUCGCACCAAAGAGGUAGUCUUCGUUCGACCCAACUUCCGACUCGGACCUUUCGGCUUUUUAGCUCUCGAUAUCAUCUCCAAAUCUCGGUACCCGGAAACCUCGGGCAACUACGCCCUCAGCGACCUCGUCGUGGCCCUGCAAUGGAUCAAAUACAACAUCAAGCAUUUCGGCGGAGACGCCGAAUCCGUGACGCUGUUGGGGCACCGCGCCGGGGCGACCCUCACCGCGGCCUUGACCACGAGCAAAAAGGCCCAAAAACUGUUCUCCCGCGUCUGGCUGUCGUCCGCCUCGGUGAUAUUCCCGGGCGAAGCGCUCGAGCUGUCGGAGAAAAACAACGAACAGUUCAAACGGAUCAGUAAGUGCGACGACGUCGACUGCCUCAGAAACAUGUCUCCGCUACAAAUUUUGUCUUCCACUCCCGACACGUGGCUCGGCAACGGCGUCGACGCCUUGCCCUCGGCCGAGGAAGUCAAACGCUCCUGGCUGGUUUUGGACGGAGAUUUUUUGAGAACUCACGCCUACGAGAGCUGGGACGCCCAGAGGGAGGCCAAGAAGGACGGAAAGGAGAGAGUCUUCAAGCCGAUGGUGUUCGGGACGACCCAACACUCCGGCCACUCGGAACUGCUGAGGAUGAAGCACCUCGACUGGACGGCGGAGGCCGUGGAGGCCGCGGUGAACGGGAGCUACAUCGGCGAAAAGAAUUUGACGGCGACCGUAUUCGAGCACUUCAACAAGACGUACGAGGGCCUCGUCGAGUUGAUAACUUCGAUUCGCACCCUGUGUCCGUUGGUCAGUUUGGCGAGGAUGCGGCUCGCGGCGCCCAUGUACGUGGUCCUCGGAUCCGGGGCCGGCGGAGGAGUUAAAGGGUCGGGAAUCGCCGGAAUCGACGCCGACGUGGAGGCCAUUUUGGGCACUUUCGACUCCGAAGUGCCGGAACAGCGUCGUUACAUGGCGGCCAUGCAGCAGCUGUUCUACUACUACGUGUGGCACGGUCGCCUGUCGGGCCCCGAGAGCGGGCUGAUCGCCGUGGGGCAAGACCUGUUGCCCCACCGCGGCCUGCCCGCCUGCGACAUGCUCAUCCAGGAAGAUGUCGUCCCGAGGUACGCACAUAUCGACUGAAUCAUUUUAGUUUUUUCGUUUGCUUUGACAGUUUUUAAUAUUCCAGUAAUCUAGUUUUAAGCGAAAUUUAGUUUGCACUUAUUUAUUAGUUCAACUUGCCGACGAGAUCUUCUAAGACUUUUAAGCGUUAUUUUCUUAUUGUAGAUUUAUUUAGAUUACUAUUUGUAUCUGUCGACGUGUAGUUAGCGAUAUUAACUUUUAACUUAAGUGUUUUUUAAAAGUAUUGAAACUUCAAGUACAAACACUGAUUAUUUCGAUUUAUUAUACUCUACAUAAGACUGAUUGUGAUUUUAUAAAAUGGAUCUCUGCAGAAACAAUCUCAUCAGUGAUAAUGAAAUGCUCAUUUGAUUUAAGUAUUAUUGGUUACCUUACUUUUUAUAAUAUGACGAACGCCCGGGGUCUACCUUCAAAAUACUGUAGGUAAAAAAAAACAGUCGUUUCGGACGUAGGGCCCGAGGUAAACUUAGUUUUAUAAGAUAAGUAAUAAGUUUGUAUUUUUUUACUUUAACUCACUUUUGUAUUCGAGAGGCAAGAUUACGUACAUAAACGUAAUUUAAUUUAAAGUCUGACUUUCCAAAGAGUAAUUUUUAUAGCAUUUGUAUGAGCCAUAGUUAUAGCAUUUUGUGUGUCGUAGUCAUUAAAAUAUACAUAUCUUGCACAAAACAUUUCUCAUAUUUUUGUACAAGACGUGUGUAUGUAUAAGUUGUACUCGUGUUGCAUUUAACAAUUAUGACCAAAAUACCGCUUCGAUAGUUUUUACCAAUGAAAUGUUCGCUUUGCAUUUUUAUACCAAAUAAUGAAUUUUAUACCAAAUUUCUUGUCUACGUGUGAAAAUUAAUGAACUGGUAUAGUUGUCAUUAAUAUACUGAGCUGAUACCAAAAGUGAUCAAUGAUAAUUUAGAGUUAAUGCGUAGUUGUAUACCGUCGCUUUGUUUUGUAAAUUGGUAUUUCAGCAAUAAAUGUUUAAGACUGGAA